AUGGGGACACCUGGCUUGGGGACAAGGUAUGGAGAUACCUGGCAUGGGGACACCUGGCUUGGGGACAAGGUGGUGGCAGGGACCAGGGAGCUGGUGUCGUCCACGGUGGCCGGGGCGGUGGGGCUGGCGCGGGGGGCCGUGCGGGGCGGCGUGGACAGGACGUGCUCGGCGCUCAGCACCGGCGUGGGCAGCGUGGUGGGUUCCCGAGUGGGCAGGCUGCUGGCCACGGGGGUGGACGCUGUGCUGGGGAAAUCUGAGGAGCUGGUAGAGAGGUACCUGCCCGGGAGGCUCGAGGAACCCGCCCUGGCGGGUGCCCGGCAGCAUCUUCAUCACAUGUGGCUGGAGUGGAGCCAGCAGGAUGCUGUGCCCAUGGAGGAGAGCCAGGUGGAGGCACGGACGCUGGCCAUGCUGCGGGGGCUCGUGCACCAGCUCCAGGCUGCCUGCACCCACUCCCCCCACCUGGCCACCAGUGCCCGGGCCUUCCCCAGCAGCGUGCAGGAGACGGCGGGACACGUCCGGCACGGCGUGGAGGGUGUCCAGGCUUCCCUCGCUCGUGCCCAUUCCCUCCAUGACCUGUCAGACCUGGUGCUAGAGCAGAGCAGAGAGACGGUGACCCGGGCACAGUUGGGCAUCGAGGAGCUGCUGGAGUACGUGGGGCAGCACACGCCCCUGCCCUGGCUGGUGGGACCUUUCGCCCCCGUCCUGGUGGAGUAUCCAGAGGAUGUCCCGGUGGAGAUGGCCAAGUGGGAGGGUUGCAUCACCGUCGGGGGGUCUCACGAGUUGGCCCCUCCUCCGCAGCUCUGCAGCAAUCACUGA